CCAUUUGGAUCAAAUCCAAUGACAUUUGGAAUUUGAUGCAUUUGUUUCAGAGGCUGGACCACUCUCCUGAUGAACCUCUUUUUGUCUAGGGACAUAGCUUAAAUCUGACUAGAAGCUCUUUUUUACCAUUAAUUGGGAGUUUCUGCUUCUUAGGGCUAUUGAGCUCUGCACCAACAUCCAGUCUCUAGCUUUAUGUGGAGCAUCUUUGGUGACUGAUCUAGACAAAAGUGUGAACUGGAGGGGAUAUUUUUUUCAGAUUUUGGCUGUAUUUUGCAACCACAGAAGUGACUGUUUCAUUGCUGAAGCUCUCACUGCUGAAGUGAAUGUCUGUCUCACCAAGAAUCUUUGCCCAAGAGAUGGGGCUCAAGGGUUUGAAGAUGUUGUAGGCUGGCAUGAAGGCACAGACUAGUGAAUGUUGUAGGAGAGCUAAACAGUACCAUGAAGGUAUGUAGGAUUUUCUUAUGUGAUCUUUGCUUCCUUCAUUUUUUUGGGAAAAUCACAGUGGUGGGUCUGGGAAAACAAAUUAUGCCAAAUUGAGGGGGGUUAAAGGUAGUAAAAGAGAUGAUUCACUACCAGGGGUGAAAAGUCUUGACUGAGAUCUGAAAGAGGAGGAAGGAUACAGGACAAUAAGAGCUUGCUUGCCACUGAAUAAGGGUGUGUGUGUGUGGUAGUACCAGCUAUGGGUUUGGAUGGCAGCCUAUGCUGGAAGGGUGACACAGUUGGUCUCCUCCUGUGGGUGCAAAGUCAUUGCUCAUAUGAGAUUCAGAGGAAGGUGGUGGUGUGUGCAGUAGGUUUUUCUGCAGUCUGGAUUCUCUUUCUUUGUGGUACAGAACAUACACUGACAGUACAGCAACUAGUGUGGAUAUCAGCCAUGCUCUGAUCUGCACCUUAGUGUUCUGCGGGGGAAAAAAAAUAAGCCUGAGCUCAGAUGUGCCCUAAGGGGUGUGGAUCCAUCCUGCGAAAUGAAAGUGGCCAGUCAUUCUCAAACAGGCAGAGGGUACAGCUCAUUCAAGCUGAGCAUAUUUAGAGAGGCCACAAAAGCAUAGACCUGACCCUGAUUUAGGGCUGGUAAGACUGUGCUCUGUAUUGGCAUGUGGUAUAUUUUAAUUUUGGAUAUUUAAUUGAAUAAUAGGAUAGUGCAAGCAGGAUUGGCCAGCAUUGCUCUCCAUAUACCAAAAGCAAUAUUAGAUUUGUAAUACUCCCAUACCAUUGCAAAACCUGAAAAGAACAGCUGUAGCAAGUCAGCAGAGACACAACUGUGUUGUUUCUUCUGUAGCCAUCAGAUGCUUGGCUGGAAGGAUGACAAGCCAUGUUUGUGUCCUUAUGUUCAGACUUACCAAACUGCAGGAUCCUCUCUUGUUUUUCCUUAGAAUAAUUAAAAAAAAAAAAAAAAGAAGAAAAAGAACUCCAAGGAAUUUAAUCUCUGUGCAACUGUGUACUUGUUCCUAAAUAAGUCUCCCAAACACUUUCUGAUGCUCUAGAUACAGGACAUCAAAUUCCAGCAGCAGGUGUGUUGAGAGCUGCGGGGGUCCAGUGAGGAGGUUGUGUUCCUCGGCAGAGAUUUUUUAAUUAUCACCUUGUUAAGGUGAGUGGGAAAUUCCGUCUAAAAAAAUCAUCAGUGUGGAAUGAUGCAGAAUUUUACCUCUCGCUUUCUUAUUCUGUGGGAGGAGGUUUCUAGGGGCACUUGCUGUUCACUUUUAAUGCUGUUGAAUAAACUAAUGACUGUGUCAGUAGGAUGAGUGAAAUUUAAAUCAAAAUCUUGUGUCAGACUUUAUUUCUGAAAGAGCCUGAAACAAAUUCUAGAGCUCUGGCACACAUCUUGCUAGAUGUCUAAAAUGAAUUGCAAAUAUUUCCAUUUACUCAGGCUAUUCAUCUGUCCCUAUUUAGGGGGAUACACCUUUUUUUGUCAAAAAGUGCAGCUUUUCUACCUCUUACCUCCUAUUUUUAUGGUUAAGUAUGUUUCAGUGAGAUUAAAAUGUACUUAUUUUCUCAAAAGACCUAUUUGCCACUUCCAAAGAGUGCUACCUGCCCCUCUACUUCUUUCAAAUGCAUAUUUGAAGAAUUGGAAGAAGCAACAAAUUUGAAGAAAAUGAGGCUCACAGUAUUUAAAAACACAUGCAUAGACUUGCUCUUUAAUUACAGACUUUUUCCUAACAAUUAAAUGUAGAGCUAGCUGUUACUUUAUUGAGUUGGGUUGUGAUAAAAACACACUGGCUAACAGCUACUCUAAAAAUUCCUUUAAUAAAUGCUUUUAGUUAAAUUUUUGCAAGUAAACUCUUUUAGGUCGAGGAUGAAGAAGGUGCAGGAAGCUAACUAGGCACACAACUGUUAGUCAAACUAUAGAAACAUUCUAUACUCUUUUGGACUUCAGAGAGUUUUAUGAUCUGGAAAAGGAGUCAAGAAGCCCAGACUAUUUUUAACCUCAGCUUAAACAAACACUUAAAAAUGCAAGGUAAAAGCACUUUGGUGGUGAUAAAAGAGAUUUUAGUUUGACAUUUUAACCCUAAAGUAAGGUUAGGACUUCAGAUGCUGGGACCAGAUGUACCUCAGGUGAUUUCAAGAGGACUUGUUUGCAGGAUCUGGUUCCCUCCCCAGUACUUGUCCUGGUAUCUGCUCAGACUCCUGGAGACCCUUUUCCCACCCACAUCCCCAGCCAGCUCUCACGCCACAUCCCACAGGCGGCUCCCACACUCUGCAAGCUCCAAACCUGGCCCGGUGAGUCAAACCUGCCCCUGUUGCUGAGGUCUCAGCUCACAGCCCUGCACUUGCUGCUUAAGAUACAAAUGAUUGGUGUGGUGGUUUUCAUAUAAUAACUCAAUGGUUUUAAUACUCAUCUCAGAAGUGGUCGAACUUGGGUUUGGGUCCUCCUUCUCCCAAGGGAUAUUCAAAUCCACCUGUCCCUUCCCAGGCUGUAGGCAACCUCUCAGCCCAUUCUAUUGAAGUUGUGCCAUGGUGCGGAGAAGGAUUCGCAGAGCUGGAGAGGAGAAGCAAGUGGGAGCCUGAUUGUGGCCUACCUAAAGAGAGGUGGGGAGCAGGUAUCUGGCAGCAUUCCUAAGGCUGAUUACUAUGUAAUUUGCAUUAAAACAUCUUUGGAUAAAAAUCAAAACCAGCCCUGGAGGCAGAGUCCAAACCCAGUGCUUCUAUCCACAGGGAGAGGUUGCAACCACCUUGUCCUGGCAGCAGGUGCUAUUUUGGUGCCACCCCAAACCACACCUUCUUCCUCCAGCCACGUCUUUAAAUGAAAGUUGGAGCAGCUGCUCCCUCAUACUGACACCAGAGCCACGUUGAGGAGCAUUAGCCGUGUUCACGACCUCCCAGUCCCAAGUGGGCUUCCUGGGCAUAAGCGCUAAGAGGUUCAGCUUAGCCAAAAUAUUUGGAUCUCAGCAUGGAGGAAGAAAAACUUGAGGUACCCAAUUACCUUCUUUUGGUGAAAAAAUGGGUUCCUGCAGACUGUCAGGUUGGAGGAGGGGAGAAGUCAUGGCUGAUUUAGCUCUGUGUUUAGAGUUGGAAAUUGUUUCCUGUUGUGAUUCUCUUCAGGUAUCCAUGUGGCUUUGAGGACCUUGCCCAAAGUGAAUUGAGAGUGUGUUUCAUUGUGAGAUGUGACUGAAGGACGUGCAAGGUUGACUUCAGCUUUGGAGUGUCCAAUUCUCUUCUGAAAAUUACUGCAGUUUCACAGUCAUUUAGAAGCUGUAGAAAUUUUUCCCCUUGCUUUUCUCUGACUUCUUCUUCUGUAAAAUAGAGAUAACAAUACCUUCAGGACCCACCAUAUUUUAAAAAAGGGUUUGCAAUCCUCUGAAGGACGGCGGGCUGAGCACUGAGUAUUAACUUCCUGAUGAAGAAGUUGGGCAGAUGACAGAAAAGUCAGGAAAAAUUAUGCCUGCUGGUGCCCUGGGUGAGACUGGAAUGUCUUUUAAAGAGACACCUUUUGCUGGCCAUGGUAAGAUGUGCAGAUGAGGAUGUGUGUCAUAUUCUUUAUGUUUAAAAUGAGCAGCUUUCAGCACAUGGGAAUGAGGUUAUUGAAGGCCUGUGGGCUGAUUCAAGUUAUUUAUGAUGGGGCUAUAUAGCACGGGGAAUACAUUUGUCAGUGCUGUUUGAAAGGCUAGACUUUAAAAACUAAAUCAAACCUAGCUCUCUAGACCUUUGCAAGAUAACCCUGGCUAACCACAGCUGACCUUCCUCCUUGACUGGUACGAAAUGUCUCCUCACUCCCCUCCCCACACGGUGCCUUGUUCUGCCAAACUCUCUCUCCCCAGAUGCGAAGUUCUGCUCUGGGUCCGUGAUCUGCUGUGAGGAGUCCUGCUUUGACUUUAAGGCUCAUGGAGGAUCUUCUGUUCCUAGGACAGCAGGUACUGAACUUUUUCUUCCACGCUAUAAAACCCUUGAAGAUACAAAGGUGCGGUUUGUGCACUGAGACUGUGCUUUCCUUCUGCUCCGCCUCUGAAAAGUCAGGGAAGGGAAUGGAGCCAAGUGGUUCAGUGCAAUUUCUGAGUGUGGAGAAGGUGCUGUGUUGUCUUCUCUUUGGCCAGAGGAGGCCAAGUCGGUCGCUGUUUCAGUCCCUUGUAGGCAGUGAUUUUACAGGUCAGUCAGCAAUGGCUGCAGCAGAAAUUCCCAGUUACAUUGUCUCUUCUCAGACUGAGAAACACAGGAGGGCCAGGAACUGGACUGAUGCAGAAAUGAGAGGUUUAAUGCUGGUUUGGGAAGAAUUUUUUGAUGAGCUGAAACAAACUAAAAGGAAUGCCAAAGUUUAUGAGAAAAUGGCUAACAAACUCUUUGAAAUGACUGGAGAAAUUCGCCACGGAGAGGAAAUAAAGAUAAAAAUUACAAAUAUGACAUUCCAGUACAGGAAAUUAAAAUGCAUGACUGAUAGUGAAACUGUUGCACCUGACUGGCCUUACUACAAAACCAUUGACAGGAUCUUAUCCAAAGUGACAGACCACAGCGAUGUGAAAAUGCAUGAAAAUCAACAACCAGGUCCUUCUACAUCACAGACAGAGGCUUCUCAGUCUCCAUCAGCUAAGUCUACACCGCUGUAUUUGCCAUAUAACCAGUUUACAUAUGAAGGAAGGGAAGAAUGCUUUGAAGAUGAACAUUCAGAAAGCUCAUCAAGCUUACUUUCUUACAAGCUGAGAGCUGAAGAAAGACCAGUUAAGAAAAGAAAAAUGCAAAACUGCAGCUUCCAAAAGAAGAAGCUAAAAUUAAUGGAAGCUAUGUUGGAAGAACAGAAGAAGUUGAGUAGAGCUAUGGAAGAAACCUGCAGAGAAGUGCGCAGGAUCCUGGAUCAGCAAAACAUCAUUCAAGUUCAAAGCUUACAGUUACAGGAGAGAAUGAUGAAUCUACUGGAGAAAAUGAUCUCCAAAUCUAAUGUGUAGUUUCCUUUGUGAAUGCCUCUGAGAUUACUAUUGCUACUAUAGAUAACCCUUUAUUGCACACCAUAUGUGUGUCUGUUGCUCUAUUCCCAGGUUUUCCAUGGAAAUUAAAACCCUAGUGUAAUCUUAGUUAAGCAAAAGAAGAGACAAUGCAGGGCAAGAGCUAUCCAGUAUGAUAAAAUUAGUGCAAUAUAUGCCUAAGUUGAAUUAUUUUUAUACAGAAAGGUUAAGGGAUGAAUAGCUCGGGGAACUGAAGUACUGUUUAUGCCUAGGUCAGGUAUUGUUUUGCAAACAGUGGUGUUGUAUAUUGCUUCACAUCAAGGACUACAGCUUGAUCUGUUUUAGAAGAAUGAAACAGUGCAUUUCUAAACAUGGUAAUUGCACCUUGACUUUGCUGAUGAUUAAACCCUGUUUUGAAACAUAUGCCUGAUUGUAUAAGUGACCUACGGUUUUUGUGAAGAGCUAGUUGGGACCAUGAGGUACAUCCUUUUAAACUCCAUGCCUGAUAUGAAUAGUACUCUAAAGUAUUAGGGUAAAAAUAAUCUAUUCAAAUACAUUUUUUGAUAUAAAAAGAACCCCCCCCCAACCACCUUACUAUAUACUGAAUACUAAAAUGUAUAGAAGAUACUUGAAGUUGCUUUUGAUAUUAAACGUUUAAUUUUUUUCAUUAUUAACUGGAAUCUGUUGACUUAAACAACCAGCAAUGAAAACUCGCAUUUAUUCUCUAUCACAAAAGAAAAAAUAUUGUACUGUGUGUAUAUACAUAUAUAAUGUCUAUCAAAUGAAAUAAAAAAAAAAAAGA